AUGGUAUAUGCAAGCAAUGGAAUUUGCUUGGACCACAAAACAGUUACUAAAGGCGGCGAUUUGGAAAUAAAUUUUUUUUUAGUAAGUGGCAGUAAUAUUAUAGCCCAUGAUGCGAAAACGAAACAGGGCAUGCAUACCGAAUUGGAAAAUGGUUUCGAUUGUUGUCGUUUCAGAGUGAAUGUAACGGCUUCAAAUGGUGAAAUUCAUUUUUGUUUUGAUAAUUCAUUUAGUAAUACAGCUAAAGUGAUUUCUUUUCAAUUUAUCUUGGUUGAUGAACAAGGUAAUGUUGUAACGAGAAAUGAUACCGAUAUUAAGAAAUUGGCCGAAGAAAUUGGUAUGAAAAUAACCGAUUUUUAUGUAAAAAAUCGCUUUCGAAAGUGGGUAAAGGUUUCUUAUGCACGUUUGAAGGUAAAUUUCGAUCAUAUCGAACAGGAACAAAUCAUUUUUCGGGCUCUCGAAUCACGCGACAAAGCAGUUUUGGUUGCAAGUUUGGAACAAGUGAAUUUUUGGUCCUUCUGCAAUUCAAUUGUCUUAAUUUCUGUUGCUCUUAUUCAGAAACUUGGUAGUCGAAUGUGA